UAUGUUCAAUGUGAAUACAGUUCUGCAAACGCAAUCGCUUGGCACAAGCUUAAGUGAGAGCAAUUCAAACGACGACCAUUCGCAUCAGCGCCACAGCCAAUUCCACGAGCAGAAGCUAGUCGACGAGUUUUGCCGAAAAACACAGUUGAGACAAAUAAUCGAACAGGCCGUUGAUAGCCUGCUGCACAACUACAGGCGCACACGUAAGCCGGAGGAGGCGCUGGCGCCACUGCUGCUGCGCUUGGACUUUAACUACACGGAGCUGGCGAAGCACGCAACGCAAUUGCUUCAUUUGGCCAUCGAGGAACCGCUGCAAUUUGCCGAAGCGGUCAAAUAUUCCGUUUACGGGCAGGUGCGUAAUUUGCUUAAGGCGGCCCAGGACAACAACGGACUCAAAACGAUCGACAUCGCUCAGCUGCAUAUACAGUGGCGUCUGCUCGAUUUGCCGCUACAAACGAAUCUUCUCUUCAAUCCCACACAUCAUCAGUACCCCCUCGGCCUGGCAUUGGUUAGUGGCAUCCUGUCGGCAUAUACGCUGCCGGAGACAUUAGUACUGCAAUCAAUUUGGUAUUGUGGCAGCGGUUGCAUGCGGAAUGCAAUCCAGACCAGCUCCACGGAUGCUCCACUGUGUCCCAACUGCUCGCGUCCCAUGAGUGAAUACCAAAAGCUACGCGUUAUCGAAAAUUAUUGUAUAAUUAGCAUAUUGCCAGGCGACUGUGUGCUGACUCCGCGAACUGUAGAUUGCAUCUAUCGGCCGAUUCUAGUGCGUUUACGUGCACAUACAUACGAUUGCAAUUUGAAAUUGGGCGCCAACUAUCUGAUCACUGGCUAUUACUGUGGCACAGCGAACGCUUAUCAAUUUGAGGCAUGCCAUCUAAAAAGUAUGUGA